AUGCCAAGCAUAUUCCGGGUGAAGCUUGUUGCGCCGCACGAGAAUGCUCAACGGAGCGCCGACGCUUCCUCGUGCGAAGACGCCCGCAGAAUGGCGUGGAAGUGGUGUACAUUAGGUUUUGGGUCCCACAAGUCAGCCGGUGGGCUCGAACUCGCUCGGAGGGUAUAUAAACCGCCCCUCUCCAGCACCUCUUCGCUUUUCCUCAUGACCAAACUCUUCAGGAUCUAUUUACAGUAG